AUGAUGGGGCGGGAGCGUAUGAGCAGCCAGCAACAGCGCUUUCACACUCGCCCCACCGAGGGCUCAAUAGAAGCCACCAGCCUGACCGUGAGCCAAAUGGGUUGGGGGGGAAACAGGGGGCGGCUGGGGCGGUGGGGAGACCUGGGGUCUGGAUCAGUGCCCCUCCUUCCCACACCAUCACCUCCUCCUCGUCCUCCUUCGUGUUGGAGACCUGGGGGAGGGAGGAUCUCCAUCUUCUCUCUGUCCUCUGCCCCUCACACAAGAAGCUCCCCCUCCGCGUUUCUCCCUCCGGGCUUGGGCUCCCACUGCCCAGUGCUGCAGGUGUUAGGGCCUUCUCAGCCUCACCACAGUGCCCUCUCCACCCCAACAUGGGCACAGCCCAUGAAGACAUCUACCUCUGCCUCCCCCUCCUGGGGAUCCCACUCCAUUCCACCCCUGGCCUCGGUGACUCCCCCUCCCUCACGCCGAUGCCCCCAGGACCCUCCUGGGCUUCGGAUGGGCCCUCUGAUCCCAGAGCAGGAUUAUGAAAGACUGGAGGACUGUGACCCUGAAGGGUCCCAAGAUUCACCCCUCCAUGGAGAGGAGCAGCAACCCCUGCUUCAUGUGCCUGAAGGGCCCCGGGGUUCCUGGCAUCAUAUCCAGAACCUGGACAGCUUCUUUACCAAGAUCUACAACUAUCACCAGCGGAAUGGCUUUGCCUGUAUCCUGUUGGAGGAUGUCUUCCAGCUGGGACAAUUUGUUUUCAUUGUCACUUUCACAACCUUCCUCAUUUGUUGUGUGGAUUACAACGUUCUCUUCGCCAACCAACCAAAUAACCAUACUACAUCUGGGCCACUCCACAGCAAAGUGACCUUGUCGGAUGCCAUCUUGUCCUCAGCCCAGUGUGCUGAGCGGAUCCGCUCCAGCCCCCUGCUGGUCUUCCUACUGGUCCUGGCUUCAGGCUUCUGGCUGUUCCAGCUGCUUCGAUCAGUCUGCAACCUUUUCAGCUACUGGGACAUCCGGGUGUUUUACAGGGAGGCCCUGCACAUCCCCCCGGAGGAGCUCAGCUCCAUGCCAUGGGCAGAGGUGCAGUCUCGCCUCCUAGCACUGCAGAGGAGUGGCGGGCUGUGCGUGCAGCCGCGGCCGCUGACAGAGCUGGACGUCCACCACCGCAUCCUUCGCUACACCAACUACCAGGUGGCUCUGGCCAACAAGGGCCUACUCCCGGCUCGCUGCCCGCUGCCCUGCGGAGGGAGCGUGGCCUUCCUCAGCCGCGGCCUGGCGCUCAACGUCGACCUGCUUCUCUUCCGAGGCCCCUUCUCGCUCUUCCGCGGAGGCUGGGAGCUGCCUGACGCCUACAAGCGCAGCGAGCAGAGGGGCGCCCUGGCCGCGCGCCUGGGCCGCACCGCGCUGCUGCUGGCUGUCGCCAACCUGGCUCUGAGUCCGCUGGUGCUGGCCUGGCAGGUGCUGCACGCAUUCUACAGCCAUGCGGAGCUGCUGCGCCGCGAGCCGGGUGCGCUCGGAGCCCGCCGCUGGUCGCGCCUGGCGCGCCUGCAGCUGCGCCACUUCAACGAGCUGCCGCACGAGCUGCGCGCGCGCCUGGCCCGCGCCUACCGCCCGGCCGCCGCCUUCCUGCGCGCCGCUGCGCAGCCUGCGCCCCUGCUGGAGCUGCUGGCGCGCCAGGUCGUCUUCUAUGCCGGCGCGCUUUUCGCCGCGCUGCUCUUGCUCACCGUCUACGACGAGGAUGUGCUCUCCGUGCAGCACGUGCUCGCCGCCACGACCGUGCUCGGUGUCACGGCCACCGUGGCCAGGUCUUUCCUUCCGGAGGAACAGCUCCAGGGUCGCUCCGCGCCGCUCCUCCUCCAGGCGGCUCUGGCCCACAUGCAUUACCUCCCCGAGGAGCCCGGCCUCGCCAGCCAGGCCGGCGCCUACCGGCAGAUGGCGCAACUACUGCAGUAUCGGGCGGUCUCCCUCCUGGAGGAGCUCCUUUCCCCUCUCCUCGCCCCGCUGUUUCUGUACUUCUGGUUUCGCCCUCGUGCCCUGGAGAUUAUUGACUUUUUUCAUCACUUCACGGUGGAUGUGGCCGGGGUUGGGGACAUCUGUUCCUUUGCCCUUAUGGAUGUGAAGCGCCACGGCCACCCUCAGUGGCUCUCAGCAGGACAGACAGAGGCCUCACUGGCUCAACGUGCAGAGGAUGGAAAGACAGAGCUCUCCUUAAUGAGGUUCUCCCUGGCGCAUCCACAAUGGCGCCCCCCAGGGCACAGCUCUAAGUUUCUUGGGCAUCUUUGGGGCCGAGUUCAACAAGAUGCAGCCACUUGGGGCGCCACCUCCGUCCGCAGCCCCACCACCCCUGGGCUGCUUAGUGACUCUGCUUCAUCUCUGCCAGAGGCCUUCCUGGCCAACCUCUUGGUGCACCCUCUCCUGCCCCCGAGGGAUCUGAGUCCCACAGCCCCCUGCCCAGCUGCAGCCACAGCCAGCCUCCUGGCCUCCAUAUCUCGGAUUCCCCAGGACCCAAGCUGUGUGUCCCCAGGAGGCACUGGGGGCCAGAAGCUGACCCAGCUCCCAGACCUUGCUUCUGCUGAGAUGAGUCUCCAUGCCAUCUACUUGCACCAGCUUCAUCAGCAACAGCAGCAGGAAUUGUGGGGGGAGGUUUCAGCCUCUUCACUGUCGAGGCCCUGGUCCAGCCCCUCACAUCCUCCAUCACCUGAUGAGGAGAAGCCAUCCUGGUCAAGUGAUGGCUCCAGUCCUGCCUCCAGCCCGAGACAGCAGUGGAGAACACAGACGGCCCAGAACCUGUUUCCUGGAGGGAUUCAGGAGACCAUGGAGACCCAGCAGGAGCCUGGUCAGGCCCCUAGUACUGAUUGAGAAACUGUCUCAGGGUCAGUAUGGGCUGAUUUGGAAUGGAAAGGGGGAAAAUUGAAUAUUGAGGAGGGAGAAAUGAAUGAGUGGGUAAUUGGGUGGAGCCAGGCUUGAAGGGGUAGGAAUAGUAGUGGGAAUUUGGGGUGAUGGGGAUGACAAUCUCUGGAAUCUAGACCCCUGGACAGCUUGCCAAGAGCUUUCUUCUCCCAUAGGCUCCCAGCUUCUCCAGCCACAGGAAAUUGGAAUGAGUGGAGUGGAAGGACACACUGAGCCCUUUUCAGGCUCCCCUCCCCUACAGACUACACACCCAGGGAUGCCUUAGUUGGGCAGGACCUCUGGGGGUCAAUGAGGAACUCACCCCAGAGAGCAGUGAAGAGUAGGAGAGGAGAUGCCAGAGGCAUCUGGAAACAAGUGUUAGAGAUGGUCCCCACACGGGGGUGGGGGGUGAGGGGAGGCCCCCCAACUAGUGAAAGUACCCUCAAGGGGGAGGAAAGGCAGGGGCCAAGGUGGAGGCCAAACUAAUUUUGGGAAACAAUGAGGCCUGAGACCUGCAAGGCCUUGCCUUUCCUUCAGGUCCCCGUGGACUUGUGGGGGAGUUGGAGGAGGCGUGGUGGAGACUGAGUGGAAUGACAGUUCAGCAUGGGUGUGAUGUCUUAGGAAGUGGGUAAAGUUCAACACCCUGUAUGAAAUUGGAAGUAAAGAUUCGUUGAGGUUGUGUGCACAUCUUUGUGACCUUUGUGACUAGUCUUCUGGCGCUGAGGGCUGUUCCUGCUUUCUCAAUCCUCAGUGGAGGAGCAAGGGAGCAGCGUUGCCUGGCAGCAGUGUUUACUAGAGAACUGGGUCAAUGUGAGGUGUGUAGGCUCUCACCCCAGUAAGUGGGGGUGGAAUCCUGUCAAAGAACU